AUGCCCCAGGACAGCCAGACAGACAAUGAGCUGAGGAUGGAGACCAGGAAGGGCAAAUUCCCCCGACAGAGUCUUGUGGAAGAGGUCGUUUUGAGUGGCUCCACGUCACAAGAAUGCAACGGGAAGGAAAAGCCCCAAAGAUCCCACACAAAGAGGGGCUCCAAACCCAGGCCAGGGUGCUCCAAGGAGGAAAGACCCACCCUGUGCCGGGAUGGCAGCUGCAGCUCCAGCCAGAGCUCAGACCUAGUGGUCCAUGAGCAGCUUCACGACAGGGAGAAGCCCUAUGAGUGUGGUGAAUGUGGGAAGAGCUUCCGCUGGAGGUCCCACCUGAUCCGCCACGAGAGGAUCCAUACCGGGGAACGGCCCUACAAGUGCUUGGAAUGUGGGAAGGACUUCAAUGUCAGCUCCAGCCUGAUCCGCCACCAGAUGACCCACACAGGGGAGCGGCCCUACAAGUGUGGGGAAUGUGGGAAGAGGUUCAGCAGGAGCUUGGCCCUGAUUCACCACCAGAGGAUCCACACCGGGGAGAAGCCCUACGAGUGUCCCGAGUGUGGCAAGAGGUGUCGGGACAGCUCCAAACUCCUCCUGCAUCAGCGGAUUCACACAGACGAGAGGCCCUUCCGCUGCCCCGACUGUGGGAAGGGCUUCUGCCGCAACUCUAGCCUCGUCCCCCAUCAGCGCAUCCACACUGGGGAGAGGCCCUACAAGUGUCCUGAGUGUGGGAAGAGCUUCACUCGGAGUUCUUACUUGACUAAUCACCGGCAGAGCCACCGGUAAGGGAAGCCCUGGGACCGCCCCAACUGCAGGAAAAGCUUUGUCUGCUGCCCCAUCAUCAUCCUCCAUCAGAGGACCCACUUUGCAAAGAGACCUGACAAUGAGCUGAGGAUGGAGACCAGGAAGGGCAAAUUCCCCCGACAGAGUCUUGUGGAAGAGGUCGUUUUGAGUGGCUCCACGUCACAAGAAUGCAACGGGAAGGAAAAGCCCCAAAGAUCCCACACAAAGAGGGGCUCCAAACCCAGGCCAGGGUGCUCCAAGGAGGAAAGACCCACCCUGUGCCGGGAUGGCAGCUGCAGCUCCAGCCAGAGCUCAGACCUAGUGGUCCAUGAGCAGCUUCACGACAGGGAGAAGCCCUAUGAGUGUGGUGAAUGUGGGAAGAGCUUCCGCUGGAGGUCCCACCUGAUCCGCCACGAGAGGAUCCAUACCGGGGAACGGCCCUACAAGUGCUUGGAAUGUGGGAAGGACUUCAAUGUCAGCUCCAGCCUGAUCCGCCACCAGAUGACCCACACAGGGGAGCGGCCCUACAAGUGUGGGGAAUGUGGGAAGAGGUUCAGCAGGAGCUUGGCCCUGAUUCACCACCAGAGGAUCCACACCGGGGAGAAGCCCUACGAGUGUCCCGAGUGUGGCAAGAGGUGUCGGGACAGCUCCAAACUCCUCCUGCAUCAGCGGAUUCACACAGACGAGAGGCCCUUCCGCUGCCCCGACUGUGGGAAGGGCUUCUGCCGCAACUCUAGCCUCGUCCCCCAUCAGCGCAUCCACACUGGGGAGAGGCCCUACAAGUGUCCUGAGUGUGGGAAGAGCUUCACUCGGAGUUCUUACUUGACUAAUCACCGCAUUCUUCAUGAUACGGAGAAGCCCUAUGAGUGUGGUGAAUGUGGGAAGAGCUUCCGCUGGAAGUCUGACCUGAUCCGCCACGAGAGGAUCCAUACCGGGGAACGGCCCUACAAGUGCUUGGAAUGUGGGAAGGACUUCAAUGUCAGCUCCAGCCUGAUCCGCCACCAGAUGACCCACACAGGGGAACGGCCCUACAAGUGUGGGGAAUGUGGGAUGAGGUUCAGCAGGAGCUUGGCCCUGAUUCACCACCAGAGGAUCCACACCGGGGAGAAGCCCUACGAGUGUCCUGAGUGUGGCAAGAGGUGUCGGGACAGCUCCACUCUCCUCCUGCAUCAGCGGGUUCACACAGAUGAGAGGCCCUUCCGCUGCCCCGACUGUGGGAAGGGCUUCUGCCGCAACUCUAGCCUCGUCCCCCAUCAGCGCAUCCACACUGGGGAGAGGCCCUACAAGUGUCCUGAGUGUGGGAAGAGCUUCAUCCAGAGCUCUCACUUGACUAAACACCGACGGAGCCACCGAAGAGAAAAGCCCUAUGAGUGUGGUGAAUGUGGGAAGAGCUUCCGCUGGAAGUCUGACCUGAUCCGCCACGAGAGGAUCCAUACCGGGGAACGGCCCUACAAGUGCUUGGAAUGUGGGAAGGACUUCAAUGUCAGCUCCAGCCUGAUCCGCCACCAGAUGACCCACACAGGGGAACGGCCCUACAAGUGUGGGGAAUGUGGGAUGAGGUUCAGCAGGAGCUUGGCCCUGAUUCACCACCAGAGGAUCCACACCGGGGAGAAGCCCUACGAGUGUCCUGAGUGUGGCAAGAGGUGUCGGGACAGCUCCACUCUCCUCCUGCAUCAGCGGGUUCACACAGAUGAGAGGCCCUUCCGCUGCCCCGACUGUGGGAAGGGCUUCUGCCGCAACUCUAGCCUCGUCCCCCAUCAGCGCAUCCACACUGGGGAGAGGCCCUACAAGUGUCCUGAGUGUGGGAAGAGCUUCAUCCAGAGCUCUCACUUGACUAAACACCGACGGAGUCACACUGGGGAAAGACCCACCCUGUGCCGGGAUGGCAGCUGCAGCUCCAGCCAGAGCUCAGACCUAGUGGUCCAUGAGCAGCUUCACGACAGGGAGAAGCCCUAUGAGUGUGGUGAAUGUGGGAAGAGCUUCCGCUGGAGGUCCCACCUGAUCCGCCACGAGAGGAUCCAUACCGGGGAACGGCCCUACAAGUGCUUGGAAUGUGGGAAGGACUUCAAUGUCAGCUCCAGCCUGAUCCGCCACCAGAUGACCCACACAGGGGAGCGGCCCUACAAGUGUGGGGAAUGUGGGAAGAGGUUCAGCAGGAGCUUGGCCCUGAUUCACCACCAGAGGAUCCACACCGGGGAGAAGCCCUACGAGUGUCCCGAGUGUGGCAAGAGGUGUCGGGACAGCUCCAAACUCCUCCUGCAUCAGCGGAUUCACACAGACGAGAGGCCCUUCCGCUGCCCCGACUGUGGGAAGGGCUUCUGCCGCAACUCUAGCCUCGUCCCCCAUCAGCGCAUCCACACUGGGGAGAGGCCCUACAAGUGUCCUGAGUGUGGGAAGAGCUUCACUCGGAGUUCUUACUUGACUAAUCACCGGCAGAGCCACCGCUCAGACCUAGUGGUCCAUGAGCAGCUUCAUGAUACGGAGAAGCCCUAUGAGUGUGGUGAAUGUGGGAAGAGCUUCCGCUGGAAGUCUGACCUGAUCCGCCACGAGAGGAUCCAUACCGGGGAACGGCCCUACAAGUGCUUGGAAUGUGGGAAGGACUUCAAUGUCAGCUCCAGCCUGAUCCGCCACCAGAUGACCCACACAGGGGAACGGCCCUACAAGUGUGGGGAAUGUGGGAAGAGGUUCAGCAGGAGCUUGGCCCUGAUUCACCACCAGAGGAUCCACACCGGGGAGAAGCCCUACGAGUGUCCUGAGUGUGGCAAGAGGUGUCGGGACAGCUCCACUCUCCUCCUGCAUCAGCGGGUUCACACAGAUGAGAGGCCCUUCCGCUGCCCCGACUGUGGGAAGGGCUUCUGCUGCAACUCUAGCCUCGUCCCCCAUCAGCGCAUCCACACUGGGGAGAGGCCCUACAAGUGUCCUGAGUGUGGGAAGAGCUUCAUCCAGAGCUCUCACUUGACUAUCCAUGAGCAGCUUCAUGAUACGGAGAAGCCCUAUGAGUGUGGUGAAUGUGGGAAGAGCUUCCGCUGGAAGUCUGACCUGAUCCGCCACGAGAGGAUCCAUACCGGGGAACGGCCCUACAAGUGCUUGGAAUGUGGGAAGGACUUCAAUGUCAGCUCCAGCCUGAUCCGCCACCAGAUGACCCACACAGGGGAACGGCCCUACAAGUGUGGGGAAUGUGGGAUGAGGUUCAGCAGGAGCUUGGCCCUGAUUCACCACCAGAGGAUCCACACCGGGGAGAAGCCCUACGAGUGUCCUGAGUGUGGCAAGAGGUGUCGGGACAGCUCCACUCUCCUCCUGCAUCAGCGGGUUCACACAGAUGAGAGGCCCUUCCGCUGCCCCGACUGUGGGAAGGGCUUCUGCCGCAACUCUAGCCUCGUCUCCCAUCAGCGCAUCCACACUGGGGAGAGGCCCUACAAGUGUCCUGAGUGUGGGAAGAGCUUCAUCCAGAGCUCUCACUUGACUAAACACCGACGGAGCCACCGGGGGGAGAAGCCCUAUGAGUGUGGUGAAUGUGGGAAGAGCUUCCGCUGGAGGUCCCACCUGAUCCGCCACGAGAGGAUCCAUACCGGGGAACGGCCCUACAAGUGCUUGGAAUGUGGGAAGGACUUCAAUGUCAGCUCCAGCCUGAUCCGCCACCAGAUGACCCACACAGGGGAGCGGCCCUACAAGUGUGGGGAAUGUGGGAAGAGGUUCAGCAGGAGCUUGGCCCUGAUUCACCACCAGAGGAUCCACACCGGGGAGAAGCCCUACGAGUGUCCCGAGUGUGGCAAGAGGUGUCGGGACAGCUCCAAACUCCUCCUGCAUCAGCGGAUUCACACAGACGAGAGGCCCUUCCGCUGCCCCGACUGUGGGAAGGGCUUCUGCCGCAACUCUAGCCUCGUCCCCCAUCAGCGCAUCCACACUGGGGAGAGGCCCUACAAGUGUCCUGAGUGUGGGAAGAGCUUCACUCGGAGUUCUUACUUGACUAAUCACCGGCAGAGCCACCGAAGAGAAAAGCCCUAUGAGUGUGGUGAAUGUGGGAAGAGCUUCCGCUGGAAGUCUGACCUGAUCCGCCACGAGAGGAUCCAUACCGGGGAACGGCCCUACAAGUGCUUGGAAUGUGGGAAGGACUUCAAUGUCAGCUCCAGCCUGAUCCGCCACCAGAUGACCCACACAGGGGAACGGCCCUACAAGUGUGGGGAAUGUGGGAUGAGGUUCAGCAGGAGCUUGGCCCUGAUUCACCACCAGAGGAUCCACACCGGGGAGAAGCCCUACGAGUGUCCUGAGUGUGGCAAGAGGUGUCGGGACAGCUCCACUCUCCUCCUGCAUCAGCGGGUUCACACAGAUGAGAGGCCCUUCCGCUGCCCCGACUGUGGGAAGGGCUUCUGCUGCAACUCUAGCCUCGUCCCCCAUCAGCGCAUCCACACUGGGGAGAGGCCCUACAAGUGUCCUGAGUGUGGGAAGAGCUUCAUCCAGAGCUCUCACUUGACUAAACACCGACGGAGCCACCGGGGAGAAAGACCCACCCUGUGCCGGGAUGGCAGCUGGAGCUCCAGCCAGAGCUCAGACCUAGUGGUCCAUGAGCAGCUUCAUGAUACGGAGAAGCCCUAUGAGUGUGGUGAAUGUGGGAAGAGCUUCCGCUGGAAGUCUGACCUGAUCCGCCACGAGAGGAUCCAUACCGGGGAACGGCCCUACAAGUGCUUGGAAUGUGGGAAGGACUUCAAUGUCAGCUCCAGCCUGAUCCGCCACCAGAUGACCCACACAGGGGAACGGCCCUACAAGUGUGGGGAAUGUGGGAUGAGGUUCAGCAGGAGCUUGGCCCUGAUUCACCACCAGAGGAUCCACACCGGGGAGAAGCCCUACGAGUGUCCUGAGUGUGGCAAGAGGUGUCGGGACAGCUCCACUCUCCUCCUGCAUCAGCGGGUUCACACAGAUGAGAGGCCCUUCCGCUGCCCCGACUGUGGGAAGGGCUUCUGCCGCAACUCUAGCCUCGUCUCCCAUCAGCGCAUCCACACUGGGGAGAGGCCCUACAAGUGUCCUGAGUGUGGGAAGAGCUUCAUCCAGAGCUCUCACUUGACUAAACACCGACGGAGCCACCGGUAAAGGAAGCCCUGGGACCGCCCCAACCACAGGAAAAGCUUUGUCCGCUGCCCCAACUUCAUUCCCCGUCAGAGAACCCACUUUGCAAAGAGAGCUGGUGACCCACAUUCCUGGUGA